AUGACCCAUUUACAAGCUGGACUUAGUCCAGAGACUAUAGAGAAAGCCCGCCUGGAACUGAAUGAAAACCCAGACAUUUUGCAUCAGGAUAUCCAGCAAGUCAGGGACAUGAUCAUCACAAGGCCUGAUAUUGGGUUUUUACGUACAGAUGAUGCCUUCAUCUUGAGAUUUCUCCGAGCCAGAAAAUUUCACCAAACGGAGGCCUUCAGACUGCUGGCUCAGUACUUCCAGUACCGCCAGUUAAAUCUGGAUAUGUUCAAAAACUUCAAAGCUGAUGAUCCAGGAAUCAAACGGGCUCUGACAGAUGGGUUCCCAGGAGUACUGGAAAAUCGUGACCACUGUGGCAGGAAGAUUCUUCUGCUUUUUGCAGCCAACUGGGAUCAGAGUAGGAACUCCUUCAUAGAUAUCCUCCGAGCUAUCCUGCUGUCCUUGGAAGUGCUCAUUGAAGAUCAGGAGCUUCAGAUAAAUGGCUUCAUUCUAAUUAUAGAUUGGAGCAACUUCUCCUUCAAGCAAGCCUCCAAGCUUACGCCAUCUAUCCUCAAACUGGCAAUUGAAGGGCUACAGGACAGCUUUCCUGCCCGUUUUGGAGGAGUCCAUUUUGUCAACCAGCCCUGGUACAUCCAUGCCCUGUACACGUUAAUCAAGCCGUUCCUCAAAGACAAGACAAGAAAAAGGAUCUUUCUUCAUGGUAACAACCUGAACAGCCUUCACCAGCUAAUACACCCUGAAUGCCUGCCCUCUGAAUUUGGGGGCACUCUUCCUCCAUAUGACAUGGGGACAUGGGCUCGAACGUUACUCGGUCCUGACUACAGUGACGAAAACGAGUAUACCCACACCUCCUACAAUGCCAUGCAUGUGAAGCAUGCAUCUUCCAACCUGGAGCGGGAGGCCUCACCCAAACCCAUGAAAAGGUCCCAGUCUGUGGUGGAAGCUGGCAUGCUGAAACAUGAAGACCAGGGAGAAAGCGAGAACACCCAACCACUGCUGGCUCUGGACUGA